AUGCCUCGCGUUCAGAGCAAAAGGCAUAAUCCACGACAUGACCCUCUGCACAUCCAGUUGAGAGAGGAUGCAAACUUGGAGACUUCGGGAAAAGUAUCGUUGCCUGGAAAGAGGAGCAAGCGGAGACGUAAUGAAGAUGAGGACGAAGUAUUAGCACCUGCCUCUGAAGCAAACACAGGACUGACGACAGAACAGACUGAGUUUGACCCGAAGACAUCUCGGCGUAUUUUAGAGCUUGCUCGAGAGCAGCAGGGAGAAGUUGAGGAAGAGCAAAGCGAGGCGGAAGACUUUCCUCCUCUUGGCGGCCCCUCGAAACGUCAAUUUAACUGGGCCGGGGCUCGAGAUGACGAGGGUGAUGAGAGCGACGUAUAUGGAUCAGACGCAGAUUUCGGAGAAGAGUACGAGGAACUACACAUCGACGCAGAAGACCUACACACACUCGAUGCGCUGUUACCACCAGAAACGGGCGCUCGCAAGACCCUUGCCGAUAUAAUCCUGGAAAAACUAGAAGGUGCUGGUGAAGCCAAUCAAGCGCCCAAAAAAGUACGUACGCAAGAUCCUGACAGCCCACCGGAUCCCGCAGCCGGCGUUGACCCGAAGAUCGUGGACUGCUACCGAAAGGUCGGCCUCCUCCUCCGAGCGAAGAAUCCGACGUUGCCCAAACCGUUCAAAAUCAUUCCAUCUCACAGGGAUUGGGCGCGUCUCCUUGCUCUCACAAGCCCGCAUGAUUGGUCCCCAAUGGCCACGUUCUAUGCAACCAGAAUUUUGAUCUCCAACCUAAAGCCUGAUCAAGCUCGGGUGUAUCUUGAAGGCAUUUUGCUGGAGCUCGUUCGUAAGGACAUUAGGGAGAGCGCAGACAAGAAGCUCAAUUAUCACUUGUACAUGAGUCUAAAGAAGGCCGUUUUCAAGCCUAGGGCAUUCUUCAAGGGUAUUCUGUUCCCCCUUUGUGAGGUCGGCGGCUACUGUAACUUGCGAGAAGCCGCCAUCAUCGGAUCCGUCCUCUCAAAAGUCAGCAUCCCGGUAUUAGAAGCCUCAGGUGCCUUGCAGCGACUAUCAACGAUGGACUACUCCGGUCCGAACUCUCUCUUCAUCCGUAUUUUGCUGGAUAAGAAGUAUGAAUUGCCGUACAAGGUCCUGGAUGCGUUGGUCCUAAAUCACUUCAUUCCCCUUGCCAAUUCGAGAGCACAUGCGACGGAGAAGAACAAGCUGCCGGUUUUAUGGCACCAGAGCUUGCUGGUUUUCGUCCAGAGAUAUGCUAAUGACCUCUCACAAGACCAAAAGGACGCCCUCCUUGAUGUGAUUCGCCUGCAACCCCAUCCCCAGAUUAGUCCAGAGAUCCGUAGACAUCUUGUUGAGUCCGUAGCACGGGGAGAGCCAAGGCCGCCUCAGGAAGGUGAUAUUGACAUGGAUGUAUGA